AUGGAGAUGCUGCACUUAGUUCUGACUCUGCUCUCGUUCUCCGUGAAAUAUGCUGAUAAUCAGAUCUGUGCUGUGAGAGGAUUCAGUGUCUCCAUUCCCUGUAGUUAUUAUUAUCCAACAUCAAAACUCAUUCAGGUGAAACAAAAGCUUUGGUGCUCAAUGAACUCAAACACAGGAAGAUGUACAAGUCCUCCAUAUGUUUAUAACAGUUUAUCAAACACCAAAUCAGACUUUGAGUUCACUGGAGACGACAAAUCAGACUGUACUUUAUUAAUCCACAAUGUACAGUUCAGUUAUUCUGGAGAAUAUAAAUUCAGAUUUAUAACUGAUGUGGCUGGUGGCAUUUGGACUGGAGAACCUGGAGUUACUCUACAAGUUACAGAUUUAAAGGUGUCACUAAUCAGACUCAGUGGAAACGGAACCUUUAAACCAGGAGACUCGUUAAAUCUGACGUGUGAUGUGACCUGCACACAAAGUUCCUCACAGUUUGUGUGGUCUAAGAACAACGAGCUCUUACCUGAAUCAGGAGCCGUUCUUCACUUUCCUGCUCUGACCCUGAGGGAUUCUGGGAAUUACACCUGCACUUGGAAAACCAACACGACAUCAGGAUCUAAAACCAUCAGCCUUCAGGUCGAGGAUGUUCUCACUCAGGACAGUAAAUUGGGAGUGAAAUAUGCUGAUAAUCAGAUCUGUGCUGUGAGAGGAUUCAGUGUCUCCAUUCCCUGUAGUUAUUAUUAUCCAACAUCAAAUCCCAACAUUCAGGUGACACAAAAGCUUUGGUGCUCAAUGAACUCAAACACAGAUCAGUGUCAUCACCCUCCAUAUGUUUAUAACAGUGCAUCAAACACCAAAUCAGACUUUGAGUUCACUGGAGACGACAAAUCAGACUGUACUUUAUUAAUCCACAAUGUACAGUUUAAUUAUUCUGGAGAAUAUAAAUUCAGAUUUAUUACUGAUAUCAGUGUUGGCAGAUGGACAGGAGACCCUGGAGUUACUCUACAAGUUACAGAUUUAAAGGUGUCACUAAUCAGACUCAGUGGAAACGGAACCCUUAAACCAGGAGACUCGUUAAAUCUGACGUGUGAUGUGACCUGCACACAAAGUUCCUCACAGUUUGUGUGGUCUAAGAACAACGAGCUCUUACCUGAAUCAGGAGCCGUUCUUCACUUUCCUGCUCUGACCCUGAGGGAUUCUGGGAAUUACACCUGCACUUGGAAAACCAACACGACAUCAGGAUCUAAAACCAUCAGCCUUCAGGUCGAGGAUGUUCUCACUCAGGACAGUAAAUUGGGAGUGAAAUAUGCUGAUAAUCAGAUCUGUGCUGUGAGAGGAUUCAGUGUCUCCAUUCCCUGUAGUUAUUAUUAUCCAACAUCAAAUCCCAACAUUCAGGUGACACAAAAGCUUUGGUGCUCAAUGAACUCAAACACAGAUCAGUGUCAUCACCCUCCAUAUGUUUAUAACAGUUCAUCAAACACCAAAUCAGACUUUGAGUUCACUGGAGACGACAAAUCAGACUGUACUUUAUUAAUCCACAAUGUACAGUUUAAUUAUUCUGGAGAAUAUAAAUUCAGAUUUAUUACUGAUAUCAGUGUUGGCAGAUGGACAGGAGACCCUGGAGUUACUCUACAAGUUACAGAUUUAAAGGUGUCACUAAUCAGACUCAGUGGAAACGGAACC